AUGCCUACAAUUUCGAGAAGAAAAACAAAGCAUGCCAAGAGAAAAACCAAACCUUUGCAUCUGCCCAACCAACAUUCUUCAGCUACUGUUCAACUUCAAACAAAAGGUCCAUUUGUAUCUGAAAAUCAUAGCGAAAUGGAGGGAAAUUUUAAUGGAACGUUGCAUGACAUGCGAAAAGUUGAAGAAGAAUCGUCAAGUGAAGAUAAAGAGGUGGCUGUUGAAGUAUUUGAUGAUGAUGUUUAUGAUGGAAAAUCCAAGUCUGUCAGCGAUGAACAUGUUGAGUCAUGCAAGGUGGUGGAAGAGGAGGAUGUUUCGGAAACGGUUGGUGAGUCUCUUGAAUCGAGUGAUGCGAUAGAAGCUAAUCGUGUUGAGAAUAUUGAGGACUCGGAAACUGUUGAGUUGGAAUUUAAGGAAGAGAAUAAGGAAGAGAAAGGAGAAGAUGAUGAUGUGGUGGAGGAAACUGAAUUGGCUACUUCGAAUGAGAAUAAUGAAGGAUUGAGGGAAAGUGAAGUGGUUGAAACGGUUAGAGAUGUGACGGUUGGUGAAGAUGAGAAUGUUUUGUCUUCUUUGCCUUCGUUGGAUGUGGUUUCGGUUUCGAGGGAAUCUGAUGAUGUUGUUGAAAAGGUUGUUUCUCCAAAGGGAAUUGAGGAACCAUUGGUGAAAUCUACUUAUGAGAAAGAUGAGGAGCAAUUAGAUAUUCAAGAGUCAUCAGCUUAUGAAAGUGCUAAGGAGUCUUUUCAACCAUCUUCAAAUGCUCAUGGUGUCAAUGAACAAGAAGAGUUGUCGGCUUAUGAAAGUGCUAAGGAGUCUUUUCUACCAUUUUCAAAUGUUCCUGAUUCUGAUAACAAUAGUUUCAAUGAACAAGACAGGGUUGAAGAAUGUAGAGGCAUUGAAAAUCAAGGGAGCAUUUUUUCAGUGACUCAAAGGCAGCACACCUCAUGGAAGAAUUGUUGUGGACUCUUUGAAAUGCUGAGGCAUGGUGAUAGUAAUUCAAGUUGA